GUGACAUUGACACAAAGUAUGUCAUGAAUUUGAAAUUUCGUAUGAAAAUUUUGUAACUUUUCCUCACCCUAAUUAAUUCAGAAAAUGUAACGUAGAAGAAACACAAUACAAGCAAUUAAAUUUCAUAUCAUGUUCUGCAGAAAUGUUUGGUCGGCGGUGGAGUUGACGAAAAGUUGCAAGCCUGUGUUGCUGAACCAAGGCCGCAUCUCCUUCGGUCAUGCCCGCAUUCAGUUCCGACAUUCGUUCCAAAAAGCCAAGCGCAGUGUGCGGCGCGCGGCCCUGGAACCAGAUCCACUUGAACACUUAAGGAUUGAGUCCGGUCCUUUAAACGCAAAGGGCUUAGUAAGACCCUUCUUCUUUGCUGUUGGGGUAUCUGCUGCCAGUCUUGUGGGCUGUGUGAUCUGGGAAUAUGAGAACUUGCGGGCACACUCAACGAUUCUCAAGAGACCGGGGAACUGGCUGAGUGCCCAACAGAAGAAACUUAUGACACAUUUUAAAUCUGAGCCAGGCCCUAUAAAGAAAUGGUGGAACUCUCUAAGAGAAAGCGAGAAGGUGUUCUACCCUAUCCUAGCUGCGAAUGUACUGGUGUUUGGAGCCUGGCGGGUCAGGUCCCUCCAGCCGAUCAUGGUUAAAUACUUCUGUUCAAAUCCAUCGGGCAGUGCAAUAUGUUCACCAAUGCUGUUGUCUACAUUCAGUCACUAUUCAGCCCUACACUUGGCUGCAAAUAUGUAUGUCCUCUACAGCUUUAUGCCAGCUGCAAUAGCGUCAUUGGGCAAGGAGCAGUUUGUGGCCAUGUACUUGAGUGCUGGUGUCAUCAGCAGUUUCUCCAGCUUCCUAUACAAGGUGGUCUUCAAUCAGCCUGGCCUUAGUCUCGGCGCGUCGGGAGCAAUCAUGUCGGUGCUGUCAUACGUGUGCGUACAGUACCCCGACACCAGGCUUAGCAUAAUAUUCCUGCCUAUGUAUACAUUUGCUGCUGGCACAGCCAUAAAAGCUAUAAUGAGCGUGGACUUAGCUGGAGUACUCCUAGGAUGGAAGUUCUUUGAUCAUGCAGCUCAUCUUGGUGGAGCUCUGUUUGGAAUAGCGUGGUGCCACUGGGGAGGCACUCACAUUUGGGCGAACCGCGACAAGUUCCUACAGUAUUACCACGCGCUCAGGAGAAGCGACACUGGGAGAUAGUAAAAUAUGUUGUAAGAAAAGUGAAACAAAUGUAUCUAUGACAAAACUAUAAGACAGAUUUCCAAAAGUUAAGCUAUUUUUAUCGCUGUUAGAAAUAUACCUUUUUAGCUUUAUAAAUGUUUUGUGAUUUCA